CCCCAAUGUCCCAGAGUUUGCCUUGGCCCUCCACGUCCACCUUCUUCGCCUCGGUUCCAUCUUUCGACACACCCGGCCAUCCUGCCGAUCAUGGCCGACCGUCUCCCGGGCAACUUUCCCGACCAGCCUUCUGGCGCCGACAACAGCGAAUCUCACCCAGCCGCCCACGACCAGGAUCAUCUGGCCGACGGUGAUCGGCGUCCACAGGCAGCUCCCCAUAUCCCAAACGACAACGACUGGGUCACCGACGACGAAAUCGAUGACCAGCUCCACAGCGACCGGCUAACCCACUGGUGCCAUCAGUGCCAGGCGGGGAUCAGCCCCAUAAUGGACUCUGGAACACCCACCUGUCCGGCCUGCGGCUCCGAGUUUGUUGAGGAGGUCGAAAUCAACUCGGACCUCAACGCAUUCUAUGACCCCAUGGAUGAUGCAGACGAAGGCGAUCUUGCAGCAAACGUCGGCACCCUCCAGAACCUGCUGCAGCAUCUCCUUGGUCCCAACGCAAUCGUCAAUGUCGAUGCCCCGCUCGCACCUAUCGACUUUGAUCGCCUGAACCGCAACUUUGAGGACCACCAUGCCCAACCGGCUGGUGGGAUUGUCAUGGGCAACCCAAUUGUUCUUGGGUUCCCUGGUGCCGGCGGCACCGCGACGACAACCAGCAUUGUCUCCGAUGGCACCCGGACAGUUCGGACGACCCGGACUGUCGCUGCGGAUGGCAGCGCCGUUACCGAGCAGCUUGAAGAGAUUGUCCCAGAGGAUGAUCCGGACCACCACCAGCGAGUCCGCCUCAAUUUCAACAUGCAUGCCGGCCAAGUCAACCCCGAAAUGGAGCACAUCAUGGCCACCAUCCAGGCGCUCUUUGGUCCCGGCAUCGAAGAUAAUCCGCUCAUGCGCGUGUUCAACAUGGUCGGCGACCCUCGAGACUAUGUCUUUGGACAGAAUGGCCUGGACGAUAUCAUCACCCAGCUGAUGGAGCAGACAGCAACCCGAAACGCGCCGCCUCCCGCCUCCGCCGAUGACAUUAGUCAUCUCAAGAAAUUUCCCGUUCAUCGAGACAGUCUCGGCGAGCAAACCGAGUGCAGUAUAUGUCAAGAAGAGCUCGAGGAGAACAUCGAGGCCGUCGAGCUGCCUUGCAAACACCACUACCACCCCUACUGCAUCGAAGCGUGGCUGAAAGUGAACGGCACAUGUCCGGUGUGUCGGCAGCCGAUUACCAACGCAGCCGAGGUCACUCCGACUGGCCAGGAGGACGCUGAGCCGUCGGCGUCGUCGUCAUAAUGCUAGCGGCAGACUGAGGGAACCUGAGAGGAAGCGGAGAAGAGAAAUGAGUUUCCGCAUGCUCCAAGCCCGACAGCGGAGACACAGUCGAGUCGGAUCGUUCAGCGCCGUCGCCCAUACCACAACCAACAAUUCACCCAAGCCUGCCUUCGGUCUCCACUGUUGCGUCGGCCAUUCCUGGGAGCUUGGCGCACCGCGAUAAGCACACAAACACAUGUCAAUACAUGUGCCAAAUAUGUACCGCGGGCGCUCAGGGCGAGGGGCAUCGCUGCA